CGUAGUUCAUCCGUCGGCCUUGUUGUGUGUUGUGAUAACGAUGCAUUUGUUUAUUUACUUACAAGCUAGAUGUGCAGUGAGUUGAUACCAACUCCAUGUAUAUAAUGUAUUGGAUUUUAUUUGAGGAAUAACAGCUAGCUUAUUACGAAAAACGCAUUAUGAGGAUAACAAUUGCAAUAUAUCAUCAACAAUCUCUUCCAAAUCUUAAAUCAAUAAUUGUGUGAAUCAAAGUUAGAAGGAUGUGUUCUAGCACUUUGUUUAGCCUGCAACCUGUGAUGGAUGCAAUAAAUGUUUCGUUAGGAGAGACAAAAACAGCGAAAACGACCUUCUGCCAAAAAGCGACCUCUAAGCCGUCGAAUGGCACCGAUGACCUUCGUGUUGACUUUUCAGACUUAAAAUUGACCUCUGUAAAUGGCAUCACAGUUGACUCACGCAGCGAUUACCUUUCUGGCGUUCUUACGGAGAAUAACGGGCAUUACAUACCGGAGACGGUCGGAGCCCAUAUGAUUGAGAACAUCGGCGACGAGCCUUUUUCCAGCGUAGCGCAAGACACCGAAGUUUUGCUAUAUCCGGUGGGAAAAUCACCGCCGAUACACCUGUGCAUACUCUAUGGGUUACAGCAAGUUUUGCUGAGUAUAGGCUCUACGAUGUCGAUACCUCUGAUCGUUUCCAGGGAGAUUUGCGCUGGUGACCUCCCUUUAGUGAAGUCGGAAAUUAUGUCCACCUUCAUAUUUAUGUGUGGCAUCUGCACGCUACUUCAAACCACUCUUGGAGUCAGGCUACCGAUUAUCCAAGGUGGAUGCCACAAGUUCAUUCCGGCCGUGAUAGCGCUGAUGUCAAUGCCCAUGUGGAAGUGUCCUGAUGCAGAAUCUGUUCUAGAACACAGUAACGUCACUGCAAACGGCUCUGACGUCAUAACCAUCGAUGAUGAAAUAUGGAAAAGCAGAAUGCGAGAGAUUCAAGGAGGCAUCAUUCUAGCCUCACUGCUACAGGUUUUGAUUGGUGCAACUGGUAUCCUCGGUUUCAUGCUUCAGUAUAUUGGACCAAUCACAAUCGUCCCUACUAUCACGUUGGUCGGCAUCUCAAUGAUCGAUGUGGCGCUGCGCUUCUGUCAAGUACACUGGGGUGUCAGCGGAUUUACCGUGUUUCUGGUGUUUCUGUUCUCCCUCUACUUGCCGAAUGUAACCCUCCCAUUUCCUGCCUUCAAUCGGGAAAGAAAAUGCCAUAUGACUAGAUUUCCCUUCUUCAAACUAUUACCGGUGAUCCUGGCCGUGGCCAUCUCGAUAGCACUAUGCGUCGUCCUCACAGUGACCAACACGAUAUCUCCCGACCCCGACAGCCCUCAAUAUUUCGCAAGGACCGAUGCGCGUCUGGGCGUGAUCGACGCCGCCAAGUGGUUCUUCCUACCAUAUCCAUGCCAGUGGGGUGUUCCGACAUUUAGCGUGUCUAGCUUCAUGGCUAUGCUGGCAGCUACGCUAACAUCCAUCAUAGAAUCCGUCGGUGACUACUACGCAUGCGCGAGGAUCUCGGGCGUAUCGCCACCACCGUCGCACGCGGUAAACCGAGGCAUUUUGAUGGAAGGCAUUGGCAGCGUGAUUUCGGGCGUGAUCGGUUCCGGUGGCGCUACAACGUCUUAUAGCCAAAACGUAGGGGCAAUCGGUUUCACAAAGGUAGCCAGUCGACGAGCGUUUCAAAUGGCCGCCCUCAUAUUUAUGGUGGCGGGACUCUGCGGAAAGAUCGGCGCCGUUUUUACGCUACUUCCGGAUCCCAUCCUUGGAGGCAUUGUGCUUGUUAGUUUUGGAAUGGUGACGUCAGUCGGGCUUUCUAACCUUCAGUUCGUGUCGCUGGGGUCCAGUCGGAAUCUGGCCAUCAUCGGCUCUUCUUUGAUUAUCGGUCUGAUGGCGCCGCGGUAUCUAGCCAGCAAUCCUGGCUGUAUUAACACAGGUAACGGCGAGGUGGACCGAGUACUGACAGUGUUGCUAAGCACCGCCAUGUUCGUCGGGGGUUUCCUAGGUUUCGUCCUCGACAACACAGUGCCAGGGACAAUCGAAGAGCGGGGAAUCAAACUGUGGCGAAAGACGUUUGUCGUCGGUGACAAGUGCUCCCCGGAAGUGGACACAACUUACGACCUGCCGCUGAUAAUGGGCUGUUUGAGGCGGCAGAGAUGGGCCCGCUACAUUCCCUUCCUGCCUACUUUCCGAGUGGACAUCGGCCGACGAUGUAAGAUCAUGAAGAAGAAGUACUGCUGCGGUCGAUGACGACGGCUCUCUUCGUUAUGAUCAUCCUGGACCUCAGAUACAAUAGUGGACCUCAUUUACAAUAGUGGAUUUCAUUUACAAUAGUGGACCUCAUGUACAAUAUUGAUAUUGACGUGUGAAAGUAGUGAUUUGUUUUAGCAUCACAUUGCUCAACAGGGAAAAAAGGUUCAUUGUUUCCAUUAAUAACGCCAAAACUUUGGGUAGGUAAGGCGGUUAUUUUUUGCUACUUAAAAAAGGAUAUAUACAAUGAAAGAAAUAUUCCAAAUAUUUAUUCAUCUGUAUUUAUGUACUUUCAAAAGUAAAUAUAGCGAAUAUGAUCGAGGGAAAACUAGAUACGAUCGCCUUUAGUGAAAACAACAACUUUAUAACACUGUCAGUCACGUCAUAAACCAGUAUAUUGUAAACAGUACAUUGGUUAGAUGGACAAUACUUUGCUUGUUGCAAGGAUAUGCUCAAGACUUAUUAUACAUGGACAACUAUUAUGCAAACUAUUAUUGAUCGCUGUAAAUGAAUUCAAUGGGAAAGGGAACAUGAUUAAACCGUAAUAAGUAUGUGAUGAUGUUUAUUCAACGCCCCGCCUACAUUAUGCUUCCCGGUCAGUAGAAGGCUCCGUUUAAAAAAUAAACGAACACUGUGCUUAUCAAAGUGUUAGCGAACGCAGUCAAAUUAUAUAUAAUCAUAUUGAAAAUAAAGAGAAAUCAAAGCGCUGAA